AUGACUACCUAUCCGUACUACAAUCCAUGGGAAGCACAUUGUCGAUCGCUUCUGGAAAACCACCAUGAAUUGGAGGCUCUUUGCAUUUGUGAUCAUGAAAAUCACAUUCUUGGGGCAGCCUACACCCGUUUGGAAUUUGAGAACCUCUCUACAGUGGAGUCCUACCAAGUAAAACCACUGGUGAUGUUGCUCGGGGCGGCCAAACCUGGGAAGAGUAGUGUCUACUUCCUCGGAGAUCACUAUCUUGUGGUUCACACGGACAAAGAGUCGAUUGCGGCCAAAUCGGGAAGGAAAAGUCUUUUUCUGAGGACAACAUCUUCGCUUCACAUCAUUGGGUUGAAUAUGGAAUCCGAUGGUCAGGGCAAACACGAUGGUGGUAAAGAUGCGAUGUGUGCUAUUCACGAUUAUUUCGAGGCGGCGGAUUUCUGA